AUAGUUCUUCGAUCAACACCAACAAUGGCUUCAUCAAAUGCAGAAAAGACAGAGCUGAUGAACAAUAGUAGUGUGAAUAACGUGACGAUGAUGUCGCCGAGGAAGACGAAGGGAAAGAGAUCAGAUUGGGUUCUUUUGUGUUUGAGGCUGCUUGCAGUUUUGGCGACUGCUUCUGCCACAAUUGUGAUGGCUCUCAACAAACAGACCAAAUCCUUUGUGAUUGCCACCAUUGGUAACAAUCCCAUCAAAAUUUCUAUAACCGCUAACUUUCAUCACACUCCAGCUUUUGUGUUCUUUGUGAUAGCCAAUGGAAAUGCAUGUCUGCAUAAUCUGGUGAUGAUAGCAGUGGACUUACUUGGAAGCCAAUUUGAUUACAAAGGACUCAGGCUUGCACUAAUUGCAAUACUUGACAUGAUGGUCAUGGCCCUAGCAGCCGCCGGAGAUGGUGCAGCAACGUUCAUGUCGGAGUUAGGGAAGAAUGGCAACUCUCAUGCAAGGUGGGACAAAAUCUGUGACAAAUUUGAAGCUUAUUGUCACCGAGGCGGCGGCGCCCUUGCCGCAUCCUUUGCCGGCAUCCUUCUCCUCCUCAUUAUCACAGGGAUGUCCAUCAUCAAACUACUCAAGCCAAAUCGCAUUAACGAUAUUGUUCCAUGAUUAUAUAUGCCUUUUGUGUUGAGUUUGUUUAAUGUUUGGCUAGCAAAGCUUGAUCUCUGUAAUUAGUUGUGCAAGAAGCACUAAUAAAUGCGUGUGUGGCAUUAUUGCUACUUAAUUAA